AUGGCGACUCGAAGCACUUCGAACGCGACCGAAUCCAAUCCAUCCAAAAAGACACUGUUCUUCGGAACCAGCGCGAAACAGGGUUUCUUCGUCGUAAAGGUUGUAUUAGAGAAAUUCCAAUAUGAUGUACACAAGACUUUGCUCAAACACCACUCCGAGUACUUCUCUGCCGCUCUUAAUGGGUCAUGGAAGGAGGCAGAAGAAAACUCAAUCACCCUCAACGAUAUCGACCCGAAGACUUUCGAAGUUUUCGUUCACUGGCUAUACAUUCAGAAGAUUGCAACAGAAGGAGAAGUCGACGACAUGCUCGAGACCUACCCAAGCGACGAACAUGACGACGAUCCGUACAUCACUGUUCUGACAAAAGCGGUUGUAUUUGGUGACAGGUUUCUAGUCCCCGAUUUUCGCAAAGCUGCACAAAACCACAUCGUUGAAUCCAUUCUUUAUCAAGACGAAGUCCGCCAGCCCGCUUUUCUCUAUGCCAGCAAGUAUGCUUUUGAGAACUUUUCAGAAGAUCAUCUCCUUUGCGAAUUCUUCAUCGAUGUGCAUUCUCGUUUUAUGAAACAUACAGAGAAAUACAUGAAUGACAUUAUCACUGGGGGGUUCAAGGAAAAUCUGCCACGAACAUUCCUUGUUGAACUCAUAGGAAAGUACAGUAGUAUGGUUUCGGAGCAGAGCCUAGACUUAAGUCGUUCUGAUUACGCCAACUACUGCGUUUACCAUGAGCAUAAAGAUAACCAUAAGCGAAGAGUAUGUAAGCAG